CGGUGUAGCUGCAUUCAUCCUUCCAAUUGCAUCCAUUCACACUCGGCUCAAACAUACAGCACAGUGUGCUAUUACAAUACGAACAGACUUGAAUCCUGCUGUAUAGAGAUAUUUUAGGACUUUAACAUGCUUAGCACAGUACUAAAACAACUGAAAAACCACCCAGCUUUGAUCCCUCUAUUUGUGUUCAUUGGUGGAGGUGCAAGCAUGUCUCUACUUUACCUAUGCCGCCUUGCACUGAAGAACCCUGACUGCUCAUGGGAUCGAAAGAACAACCCAGAGCCUUGGAAUAAACUCGGGCCAAAUGACCAGUACAAGCUCUUCACUGUCAACAUGGACUACUCUAAACUGAAGAAGGACAGGCCUGACUUUUAAACAGAUCAGUGAAUGUGUGUUUUAUAGAUGGAAUGGAGUCUUUGGAAACACACAUAAACACAAAGAUAUAUGUGAUAUAAAUGUCUAUUUCAAAAACAAUAUUUUUAUCACAUAGUUAUCUUCCUCUUAUCCAAAUAAACAUGACAGAC